AUGAACGCAAACGCACUGCGGGCGUACAUUAGGGCAAAAGGGGAAGAAACUGGAUGUAUGGCGUAUCGGGCUCGGAUGCAUCGCUUUUUUGCAGAGCUGGAGCCAUCUCUAUCCGUCACUAAGCAAAACCUGGCAGACCGAGUUCGGUACAUCUUGCGCUCCAACAUAUUUGGUGACGCCGAACUCGAACGACUACGACGUGAGGCUAUUCCUUCAUCGAAUGGAAAUCCUACGGCUGGGAAUGCGGUGCCACUAGAUGCGCAACAAACUGCAUGUGUGGAUGCUGCCAUCAAUAUUCCAUUUGUGGCUAAUUCAGACGAUGAUGGAAUAGUCUCCCACGAACUAGAGAAAAUGAGGAGCAUAUUGGAAGAGUCGAUGCUGGAAACGCGCAGCAUGCCUCUCGAAAUCGGGAUUUCGUGCGGGCUCUUAACCCAAUGCUGGUGA